AUAGGUCUCGUUGGUCGCCAUGUUGCUCAAUGAAAUUAGCUUCCAACAUUGAAUAUCCGCUAGCAAUAUUGACAUGUUAAUGUUAGCAUUGUAGCCUUUGUUACGGCACUUGUCAUAUUAUAAAAUGACUUAGGGAUUAUUAAACGACGAAAGACGCCCUGUAUCUUAUUAUUGAGGUAGCCAUUGUAACAGUGUCACGCAAUGCACCAUGGAAGCGGGUCACAGAACAUUCAACGACACCUUCAGAGGUCUAAGUCUGUCAGUGGAUCAGAAGUGGAGGAUCAGCAACAAACGGCCAUGGCGUCUUCACAACAACAAACUACAGUUACCCACCCUCAGUCUCCCGUAACCACCUUUCCUACCACUGCCAGCCCAUCAGCCCCUCAGUCGCCCAAUUAUCAGAUAAUCAUGAGUCGCAGCCCAGUCACCGGUCAGAACAUGAACAUCACUUUACAAAAUGUGGGACAGAUGGUGACUGGCAACCAGCAGAUCACCCUAACCCCACUUCCCCUCCAAAACCCAGCAUCCCCUGGCUUCCAGCAUACUACACCACAGUGGAGGUUUGAGCAUACUCCAUCUUCCUACAUUCAGGUUACAUCUCCUUUACCCCAGCCCAUGCAGCCCCAAAGUCCCACCCAGCAUAGCCCAGUCCCACUGCAAGCUGUCACAAGGCCGGGGGCCCCUGCACUUGGUGUGUGCGGACAGAGUCCGACACGGUUUGUCGAGGCUGGUAUGUUAGUGCGGCAAAUCGGUUUAGGCAGUCCAUCUGGAAGUGGGCAUUUUGUGUACCAGGAUGGGACAGGGCUGGCCCAGAUUGCACCUGGCACACCUAGCCAAAUACAGCUGUCUUCUCCAGGAGCACCUGGUUCUGUUCGGGAACGUCGUCUUUCUCAGCCUCUCUCACAGACGGGAGGCACCAUUCACCACCUUGGACCUCAAAGUCCCGUGGCUACCGGUGCUGCUCUGCCCACUUUGGCCAGCCCUGGCCACAUUACCACUUCGAACCUACCUCCACAGAUCAGCAGCAUCAUACAAGGACAGCUUGCACGCCCAGUGAUAUUUGAGAAGCCACCACAGGGUGUUGUUGCAGGAGUUGGAACAACAACCACUGCAUCUUUUAGUAUACCGUCCUCCAUUCCACCUUCCAGCCCCUCCUUCACCAGUACACCCCAAGGAAACGCCAACAAUCCUCUUGCACCAAACAACACUGCAGUCGGUACUGUUAAAAAACAAGUUCCCAGGAGGUUAGAGGAGAUUGCUCCUUCUACUCCAGAGAUCGCCCAGCUACGGAAUCAGUGCUUAGAGCACCACAGCAAGAAGAUGGACAGUUUAAAGGAGGUGUUCAAAGAAUACCUUAUAGAACUAUUCUUUCUGCAGCAUCUCCAAGGAAACAUGAUGGACUACUUGGCCUUUAAAAAGAAACCCUGUGUUCCAUUGUAUACCUAUUUAAGACAGAAUGACUUGGACCUUGAAGAUGAAGACGAAGAAGAGGAACUGUCUGAGGUCAUUAACGAUGAGGUAAAAGUUGUCACGGGAAAGGAUGGUCAAGCAGUGACACCCGUUGCCAUAGCAACACAGCUUCCCCCCAAUGUUUCUGCAGCUUUCUCCACCCAGCAGCAGUUUCAGGGUCAUCCAGGGCCAGCUUCUGGCACUCUUGCCAACCCAGGAGACAUGGAUGCCUUUAAGAGGCAGCAGGCUAUGGUGCAAGCAGAUCAGGCUAAAAGAUCCCGGAUUGACGUUGGUCGCCAUGGGCUGAUUUUCCAGCAUCCUGGUGUAGCUCCUUUAGGAUCACCUGGCGUGCCACUCCAGCAGCUUAUGCCAACUGCGCAAGGCGGGAUGCCGCCUACUCCUCAAGCAGUCCAGAUUGCCGGACAGAAGCAAAACCAACAGCAAUAUGACCCAUCCAAAGGACCGCCAGUGCAGAAUGCAGCUAGCCUACAUACUCCACCGCCUCAGCUGCCAGGCAGGUUGCCACAAGGUGCCCUCCCAAUGGCUGGCUUGCCAGUCACACUGCCCCAGCAGGCUCAAAUUGUGGAGAGUAUAGUCCAACCUGGAAGUCAACUCCAAGCGCAGGUGAAAGUACAGACUGGUAGCACAAUCAUGGCUUCAGUAAAUCCCCACACACAACUCCAGGCACAGCUCCAGCAGCAGAUGCAACCAGGUCUUCAUAUCCAGUUGCCUCCCCAGCAGCAACAAACCCAGGCAAUGCUACAUUCAGGACAAGCAACUGUGAUUCUUGGUCGUCCUGGUGCAGAGGCAACCCUACCAGUUCAAAGAAUUAUGACCAACUCAAUACCAGUCACCUCCAUGUCUCCUGCUUCCCUCCCUACUUCUAACUCAGUUCCAACAUCACAACCGACAAGUCCUCUGCGCUCUAUUUGCGCCAAUACAAAUCCAAGCACACAGUCCAAACUGACUGGUACCAAUGGUAUCUCUGGAAUCAAAAUGAGUGGCUUUGGUCAAAAUGCAACCAUGCAGUCAUCGCAGGAGCCUUCUCAAGAUAAGCAAGUUGAGCAAGCUAAACUGAACUUUUGUCUUGCCUCAUAUCCUCAGGAGAAUCAAGUGCACCAACGCAUCUCAGAGCUUAGAAAGGAUGGCCAGUGGUCAGCCAGUAGGCUCCCCAAACUUGUAGAAGCCUCUCGUCCAAAAUCACAUUGGGACUACCUCCUGGAGGAGAUGCAGUGGAUGGCAGCUGACUUUGCCCAGGAGAGGAGAUGGAAAGAGGCUGUUGCAAAGAAGCUUGUUCGAACCUGCGCUCGUUACCAUCAAGAGCAGAAGAAAAGUGAAGAGAGGUCAAAGAAGGAAAAGGAACUUCAUCUUCGCCACAUUGCCAGCACAAUUGCCAGAGAGGUGGAUUUUUUCUGGUCUAACAUUGAGCAGGUUGUGGAAAUUAAACUUCACUUUGAAAUUAAUGAAAAGAGGAUUCGUGCACUUAGCUUGCAAAAAGCCUCAGUCAAAGUACCAGGUCAUACUGUAGGAGAGAGAGGCAGUAGCAAGGAGGUUCCCAUUCCAUCCAGAAAAAGAAAAUUAAGUUCAUCUUUAAGUGAUAAAACUGAUGAAGAGAGCACGAUAGCGGAACAGGAGAUUAUGGAGGGGGACGCAGAUUACAAAACUGAGUUGGCUGAACUUGCCAAAGAUGCUGAGUUGCCUCUGGAUGCUUUGAAGAAGCAAUAUGCUGGUGCUUACGCUGAUGGCUUCAUGUGGCCUCACUCUAGUCCUCAAAGUGAUGAAGAUGAUGAAGAAGAGACUGAAGGAACUACCUGUCCUGUGAGCAGUUCACCUGAGGCAGUGCUGAUAGACUCUUUGCUCAUUGUGGACCAGUAUCUUAGUCCCGACGCGGGCUCUUCUUGCGAUUCUGAUGCCCGAUCUGCCAGAGACAUAUCUGAAGUGGCUGCUGCAACAGAGACCCUUCUGCCCAAGGGUCCUUUCAAGACCACUUCAUCGACCCGCAGUACUGCACCCUUUCUACUGCAUGGCUCACUGAGAGAAUAUCAACAAAUUGGUGUUGACUGGCUGGUAAAGUUAUACAAAAAGCACCUCAAUGGUAUUCUUGCUGAUGAGACAGGCCUUGGCAAGACUGUACAGACCGUUGCGUACAUGGCCCAUCUAGCUGGUCAAGAGGGUGUCUGGGGACCUCACCUCAUUGUGGUUCGGACAUGUAAAUUGUUGAAUUGGGAGGUUGAGUUCAAGCGCUGGUGUCCUGGCCUUAAAAUUCUCCUCUAUUUGGGAACCAAGAAGGAGCGCAGAUUUCAGAGAACGAGGUGGCGGGAAACGAACAGCUUCCAUGUAUGUGUAACAUCAUACAAGCUGUUGAUGAAGGACCACAGCCGCUUUUUGAGGCAAAAGUGGAGACACUUGAUUCUGGAUGAGGUGCAGCUCAUCAAAAAUAUGACUGAAAAACACUGGGAAACAAUCUUUGCUCUUAGAAGUGAACAGCGGAUCCUCCUCAUCAAUACCCCACUUCAGAAUACCCUCAAGGAGCUGUGGACUAUGAUCCACUUCCUCAUGCCAGGAAUCACCAGGCCCUACUCUGACUUUCCAGUUAAGGCAGGCACAGACCAGAAUCAGGACUACUGCCACAAACUUGUCAUUCGGUUGCACAGGAUGAUUCAGCCUUUCAUUUUGAGACGCUCCAAAAGAGAAGUGGAAAAGCAGUUGCCAAAGAAGUAUGAACACAUCCUGAAGUGCCGCCUUUCCAGCAGGCAGAAGACCCUGUAUGAGGAUAUCCUCACUCAACCUGGUGCUGAAGAGGCAUUGAAGACUGGCCACUUUGUCAGCGUGCUUCAGGUCUUGAUGCAGUUGCAGCGUGUGUGUAACCACCCAGACUUGGUCGCCCCCCGAGAGACAAGCAGCUCCUACUUCUGCCCUUCUCUACGAUACAAUAGCCCAUCACUUGUACUGGGAGCGCUGCAGAAUGCCUCAAGCAAAGAUACAAACAUGUCCCUGUUUGAUUUGAUCAAUAAUGAGAAUCGACUGACUCGGUAUCAGACUGAAGAGGCAGUACCCAAAUUAAAGAUCACGCAGCACCUUAUAGAGGAGAUCUACAGCGGUCCAGAACCACCACCACGUCCCAAGCCAUGCCCAAUAAAGCCUGCAAGAUUGUUCCAACCGGUACAGUAUGGGACAAAGCCAGAAGGUCGCCUUGUCACCUUCACAAGUGCAGCAGGUCCAAAUCCACCAACAAGCUCCUCUGCUACAACCAACUCUGUUUCCACCACCAGCCAAUCAUCACAGGCCAGGGGAAAGACCCCUAUUACCUCUGCAGCUAGUACAGCAGCUUCUCAAGGAGGGGAUGCAGUGAAAAUUGCCCAGCUUGCCAACAUAGCUGGCAAUCCGAAUCGUAUCUCCCAGCCAGAGACUCCUGUCACUCUACAAUUUCAGGGCAACAAAUUUACUCUGUCCCCCAGCCAGCUCCGCCAGCUCACCACUGGACAGCCCUUGCAACUACAAGGAAACAUUCUGCAAAUUGUGUCAGCUCCUGGGCAACAAAUCAUCAGGCCCCAGGGGUCUAUGAUAAUGCAAACUAUGGCACAAGCUGUCCCUAACUCCAAUGCCUCAGCUUCACCCAGCGCACCUCAUCCAGCUCUGCCAACAGUCCAGCAAGGUUUGACCACAAAUGCUACAGCAAGCCCUACUAAGCUCACUAAUGCUUCCUCACAGGAGUCUUCGGAAGAAAAGAGUCGGCAAGCAAAGCGGCGUUUGAGCCUCCUUUUUGAAGCAAAUGAGCGACGCUGUAGCCGCAGAGUUCUGUAUGGAUCAGACUUGUUACAGGCGUGUACGGUGAGCUCAGUGUCUGGUCACUCAGCUUUGACUGCUGGAGGAUGGAUGUGGGUGGGUAGAGAGAGCUGCAUCAUGGCCCAGAAAACCUGUGUGGCAACCACCUCUACACUACAGUCUACCCUGCUUUCUACUGAGGACCGCGUGCAAGCUACCAACAGCCUUGUAAAGAGGCUGGUAUGUGUGGUGCCUCCAGCUGUAGCCCCACCUCCUAACUUGUAUGCAGCCAAUCCUCCGGUCCCCUACACUAUUGAACAAAAGUUACACCACCGUCAGCUGCAGGAAUCCUUUGCUCCCCACACUGCCCAAAUGCACCACUUGGUGACUGGGAAUGACUGCUAUUCCCUUGACCUUCAGCUAAUGCAGAUUGACUCAGGCAAACUAGAAGCUCUGGCCAUUCUACUGCAGAAGCUUAGGUCAGACAAUCGGCGUGUCCUCAUCUUCACUCAGAUGGGGAAGAUGCUUGACAUCCUGGAGGCAUUCCUUGAUUAUAGGCAACUCACUUAUGUGCGAGUGGAUGAAAGCUACACUCCAGAUGAACGACAGGAGACGAUAAAGACCUUUAACAGGAACAGGCAGAUUUUCUGCAGCAUCCUGACAAACCACUGCUGCGCUGCAGUUGGAACUGUGUUCGAUGCAGAUGCCAUCAUCUUCUAUGACACAGACCUAAAUCCCAGCAUGGAUGCCCGCACCCAGGAGUGGUGUGACAAAAUUGGGCGCGCUAAGGAUAUACACAUUUACAGAUUGGAGAGCGGAAACUCCAUUGAAGAGAAACUGUUGAAGAAUGGAACCAAGGACUUGAUCAGAGAGGUGGCUGCACAGGGCACUGACUACACUCUGGCUUUCCUCACACAACGGACAAUCCAGGAUUUGUUUGAGGUGGAGGCAGGCUCAGGGGAAAAAGUGGAGGAAUUUGUGGUCCUUCACCAGGAGCCUUCAGCCUCUGAGACCAUAUCUCCAAAGGUGGCUAGGCCCUACAUCCAAGCGCUCCAUAGCAUCAACUUGGAUGAGUCAUCAGAAACAGAAGAUGAGGAAAUGGAGCAGGAAGAGAUAACAGGCAAGCAUUCUGAUAUGGAGUCAGAGAGCUUGGGUAAGGAUGAGCCUGCUGAGAUUGAGGAUCUUAUUGCAGUAAUGGAACAGCUCACACCAAUUGAAAGGUAUGCCCUGCACUACCUAGAGUACCUCCACACCAGUGAAGAUGAAACUGUGCUCAAGGAGCGACUGGAGUGCUCUAAGAGAGGCUGGGAACUGAAGCAGCUGCAGAAACUGAAAGAGGAGCAGCAAGAGCGGCAGAUGAUGGAGGGAGAUGAAGAGCUUUUCACCUACACCAGAGAGGAUGCUUACAACAUGGAGUAUGUAUUUGAUGCUGAGGAUGGGCAUACAGAAAUCAUGCCGGUUUGGACACCACCCACACCACCACAAGAUGACAAUGACAUUUACAUAGACUCUGUAAUGUGUCUCAUGUAUGACACAACCCCCAUUCCUGAGUCCAAACUGCCUCCUAUCUACAUCCGCAAGGAGCACAAGAGACUCAAACUGGACCCGUCUGCAGCAGCCAGGAAGAAGAAAAAGGGCCAUGGGGAAACAGUUAUUCCUCCACGUUCCCUUUUCGAAAAGGCCAGCAUGCUCAAGGUUCGCAGAGAAGGAAAGGACCAGAAAAAGAACUUCUCCCUCAAGCAGCAGGCACCCUUUGCCAAACCUCUGCCCUCGCUGGUUAAACCUGCGAUGGAGGUUGGUCAGGACAACCCAGAGUGGCUCAUCAGUGAAGACUGGGCUCUUCUUCAGGCUGUAAAACAACUGCUGGAGCUGCCCCUGAAUCUGACAAUUGUGUCUCCUGCUCACACUCCCAAUUGGGAUCUGGUGAGUGAUGUGGUGAACUCCUGCAGCCGCAUCUACCGCUCUCCCAAGCAGUGUCGCAACCGCUAUGAGAAUGUCAUCAUUCCCAGAGAAGAGGGCAAGUUGAUGUAUGAAGCAAACACCAAGAAGAAAACAAAGAGCAUCUACAAGUCUAAGAAUAGCCGUCCUCUAAGGACCUGUCAGAUCUACACACAGGAUGACAAUGCCACUCAGAUUCAGCUCUACAACAGCCGCUUUGAGCUAAUGAAAAUUAUAGCCAGUAAGAGGAGCCCACCAAUCAAGCCACUGCUAGGCAUGAAUCCAUUCCAGAAAAAUCCCAAACAUGCCUCUGUGCUGGCAGAAAGUGGGAUAAGCUACGACAAGCCCCUCCCCCCAAUUCAGGUGGCAUCUCAACGUGCUGAGAGGAUUGCCAAAGAGAAAAAGGCCUUGGCGGAGCAGCAAAAAGCUCAGCAGUUGGCACAGCAGCAGCAGGCUGGAGCUCCCCAGGCCCAAACUGCACCUAACCAGUCCCAGACCCCUGCUGUUGCCCAGGCUCAGGCUCAGGUCCCUCAGGCUACUGCAGUGGCUGGAGCCACUGCUGUUCCUAAUGCAGCUGUUCUGGCCGGAGCCAUCAAAAAUGCCACUGUGGGAACAACCAUUCAGGCUGCCUCUGUAGGGGGGAAUGUGAUCGUGAACACAGUUGCUGGAGUGCCUCCAAGUCCCUUCCAGGCCAACAAACGUCUGGCAUCUCCAGUCAUACCAGGCACCCUGUCUCCUGCUGGUCCGGCUGCUGGAGCACAGGUGGUCCAUGCUCAACAGAGAGCAGUUACGGCUGCUGCUGCUCCUGCUGAAGUGGUUGCCAUAGCUACAGGGCAGGGCGUUCGAGCCGUUACCCCAGUAACCGCAUCGGCAGUUGUUUCAACCACUCUGAACCCGGUCCAAGCUCAGACUCGCCCACUUGUCACUCAAGUCACACCAGCUACAGGUAUGCAGCUGGCACAAGGAAAAACCCUCACCCCAGCCCACCUACAGAUGCUUCGGCAACAACAGCUGCAACAACAGCAGCAGCAGCAGCAGCAGGCGGCUUCUCCUCAGAUCAAAGCUGUAAGCAAACCCCAGGAGUUGCUGAAGAUGCACAAACAUAAGUUGCAGCUGCAGCAGCAGCAACAGCAGCAGCAGGUAGCUGCAGCAGUGGCCGCAGCGGCAGCUCAGGGCCAACAGGCAACAGGAGCCCAGCAGGCAGCCCAAGUGCAGCCAGCCCAAGCGGCCCAAGCUAAUCCUCAGAUUGCAGCUGUGGCAGCGCCGAGACCUGGAACUGUCUUGACGGGGACCACAGUAGCCAGACUGACCCGAGUACCCACCCAAGGCCAGAUUCAGGCGCAGGCAGGACAGACUGCUCAGGUGACCCUCACCAAGCCUCCUGUAGUCUCUGGUGUCACCACACUGCCCGUCACUGUAGCUGGUAUUAGUGUGGCUAUCGGCCAGGCCCAGAAAGCAGGUGGUCCUGUGCUGACCCCAUCCUUCCCCCAGAUGCAAGUGCAACAGCUGAUUCAGAUGAAAAAGCAGCAGCAGCAAGCAGCCGUUCAGGCGGCAACUGCAGCCCAACAGAAGGCAGGACAAUCACAACAAGGACAGGCCACAGUGCAGCAGAAGGUAAAGAUUGGCACCCAGCAGGUUACAGUGCAGGCAGCCCAGCCCACCCAGCAGCAACAGAAGGUCACCUAUGCUACCACAACCCAACUCCAAGCAGGGAUCAAGCCUCAGUUUUUCACCACGUCCAUCGCCCAGACGCAGAAAGCUACAGGAGCUCAGCAAAUCCAGGUGGCAAAGCUCCCCCAAAUAGUGCAGCAACAGCCCACUGUGGCUAACAUUCAGCAAAUUGUGUCUUCGCCGCAGCAGAUCCAAACGCAGCCUCAGACAGUGACCCUGACCCAAACCGCCACAUCGGCUCCUGCUCAGGUGCAGAUGAUUCCUGCCGGGACCACGACGGUUCAGGUUGUCCAGCAGAAGAUCAUCCAGCAACAGGUGGUGACGGCAGCCUCCUCUCCCCAGAUCCAGACGCCACCCCCCCACAGCCCAGCCCAGCAACUUGCAUCUUCCGUGGCUGCUGAGUCCCCGGCACCGCAGCCUGUUCAGCCACAGCAGCCCAGCAAGGGUCAAGCUCGCCAGGGUGGCAUAAGAACCAAAGCCCCCGCCAAGCCCAGUGGGGGGAGUAGUUAGGAAGGACACACUCGUUGGAGUGAAUUAAAUGAUGUGUUUUCCUGCAGUACACACACGUACAUCAUCAUUAUUAUUAUUAUUAAUUUUGUACAUUAUGAUUGUUCUGUACUGUACUGUUCUUAAGGAUCCCAAUACCAACAACCGUCAACACAAAAUCCUCUUUCUCCCUCUAAUCCCACACUCAACAGCAUAAAUAUUCCAAUGCUGCAACGUCAUCUUGACAGGAAGUCCACCCUUGUGGGUUUCUAAUUUAUUUGUCGAAAUGUUGAAUGUGAAAAGACAGAAACUAAACAUGAACCCCUCAACUUGUUAACAACGUGACACAAGAGAACCUAGCAGAAUCCUGAGGUGUAUUGAUUGUGAGCUGUGUAUUCUUAAAUAGUCCCUUGCAUGUCAAGUUCUUUUGUCUUUAGGCCAUGAAUGGAGAAUAGUGCAUGUUCAUAUACUUCAGUCAUUUUUUUGUUGUUGCUUUUUUUAAUUCCAGCAAAUACACUGUAAACAUGUAUGUUAGUAUUUUGGGUUUUCUGUUUUUUUUGUUUUUUUUAAAUUGAUGUCCAAGAAAAAAUGUAAAUAUCAGAGGGGGAAAAAAAACAUUUGUACUUGUAAAGUAGUCGUGUUUUCAUUGGGUUUUUUUCAGCCUAAUUGUAAUAAAGUGAUUUGUUUUUAUACACAAACACAUCAUUUUUUAAGUAUUGUUUUUCCAUUAAAUCCCUUGUAAGUGCCAGGAAGUCUUGUCGAGU